AGUUUACUUAUAAUACAAAAAAUAAUAUUUAUUAAAUAUAAAAUAAAAAAAUUUAUUUAAUAUUAUAAUAUAUAUAUAUUUUUUUUCCGAAACCCAAUAUUUUUUUUUAUUUUUUUAUUUUAUUAUUUUACCAUUAUUUUAAGUAGUGGUAUCUUUAUUAAAAUUAAUAGAAAAUGAAAUUGCUAUUGUUAUUGAUACUAAUAUUUACAAUAAACUUUAUUUUUGUUAAAUCCCAACAAACACUUACUUUAAAUGGUGUAAUUAGAGAUCAAACGCCAAGUCGUAAUCCAGAUUUCCAGUUUAAUGUUGUUUCACAGAAAGGGGCUGUUAAAACAGAUUUAGGAGCUGAUGGUACUCCAGUUUAUUGUUGUGGUGAUUCAGCUUAUAACUCAAUACAUAAUUCAACUACAUUUUAUAGUUGGUUUCAUGAUGUUAGUGGAAUUAACAUUCCAAUUCAAAAGAGUAUUAUAUUAACCCAGAGUCCCAACGACCCAAAUAUUUACAUUUACCAAAAUUAUACAUAUUUUCCAAUUGAUGGCGAGGGUUUUGAUAAUAAAGCAAAGUUUUUAAAUGAACAGGUAUACCUUGAUGGUAAAGGUGUUGCUCACAAUUUCCAUUUCUG